AUGCUAAGCUUGUCGGUCUGCGCUAUUAAGCAGCAUCGCUACGCCAGCCAGAAUGAAGAAAUGUCAAACUUUGAAGAAAUCGAGCCCGAAGUCGACUACGAGACUGAUCUACGUCUACUCAAGAAUCGUCGCUCUGCUUUAGACAACGAGAUGCUUGGCAUGGACCAGCGCUGGCGACGUUCGUCGCAGCAACGUCGACACCAAUCACCAGUGGUCCGGCAUGCGCUUAAGAAGCGUCUGUCUGAAUUGGAGAAGCGCUACUUGACAAUGGACAAGCCUACAGAGUAUGUAAACUUUGACUAG